GGUGGCGGUGGCGGCCGCGCGUGCGAGAGGCGGCGGUAUGUCGGGCUGUGAGGAGGAGGCGGGGGACGGCUACAGCUCGGCCGAAGACGAGGAUUACGUGCCCUCGGGUGCGGAGUACAGCGAGGAGGACGAGAGUGAGCUGCUGAGGGAAGAGGAGGAGGAGGCGGCCGGUCCGAGGCCCACCCGCAGCAGGAACAGCCCCCGGCAGGCCACCCGCAGGAAGAAGAAGAAGAGGAGAGGCCUCGUGCUUGAGGUCGAUGAGAAAGAGGAAGGAAAAGCUCAGGAAAAUGAAGAUGAGGAGGAUGACUUAAAGCAGUCCGAAAAAGACCGGGAAGAAGAAGAAAAAAAGAAAGAGGAUGCGCUUUGGGCCAGCUUCCUCAGCGACGUGGGACAGAAGCCCAAAGCAGCGGCCACACAGGCAACACAUGCUGACAAGGCUGGAGAAGUGAAGAGUGUGAACAAGCUUCAGGGGAAACCAAAAGAGUCUGAGAAGCCAAAAGAUUCAGGAAAAGUCACAAUCACCAAAGUGUUCGACUUUGCUGGUGAGGAAGUCAGAGUGACUAAAGAAGUGGACUCAAGCUCAAAAGAAGCGAAAUCUUUUCUGAAGCAGCAAGAGAAAUGGCAGUCAUCAGCUCCAGGUUCCCUCCCAACUGUCUCUGGGGUGAAGAGGCCGAGCGGUAUCAGCAGCCUCCUGGGGAAGAUCGGCUCCAAAAAACAGAAGAUGAGCACGCUGGAGAAGUCCAAGCUGGACUGGGAGAACUUCAAGGAGGAGGAGGGCAUUGUGGAGGAGCUGGCGAUCCACAACCGAGGGAAAGAUGGGUACAUCGAGAGGAAGGCAUUCCUGGAGCGUGUGGACCACAGGCAGUUCGAGAUUGAGCGCGACAUCAGACUGAGCAGGAUGAAGCCCUGAGGGCUGGGGAUGGCCGUGGGGUCCCACUGGCCCUGUGCCCCAGCUGGGGGAUGCCAGCCCCCGCCUGGCCGCCGGGCACAGAAACUGUUCUCUACCCAAUCCUGCACGUCCCGGCAGGUUUUUCCUUUUACUGUAAUGUUUGGGGAGGGUGCUUGUCAGUGGGCAGGGCGUGCUGUGAGGGUCCCAUCACCCGGGAGGUGACAGAAGUGACCCCUUGGCACCGAUCCUUCGCCACCGCUGGGUGCUGCCGUGCUUGCACGCAAACCAGAACCCAGCUCUGCUGACGUGUGUGGUGGUGAGAGGGGCUGCAGGAAGGCUUUGUGGCUGCUGCAUGUGCACAGGCUGUGGGGCUGGAGCCCUGCUCCCUGCUCUGCCAGCCCCGCAGCCUCCCCUGCCCCUCCUCGCUCUUGCCCAGACAAAGCCGAACUGUCUGCACUUGUCUGCGGGGUCUGAUGGUGCUGGGGGUUUUGAAGCAAGCCGAUGAAGAAAUCCUCCCUUGUUCGCUCCAUCGAGGAGCUGAGAGCAGCUGCAGCAGGCAGGCCGGGCCAGGGUCUGUUCAUGUGAAUAAAGUAUUCCAUCCUGGCGCUA